GCGCUGGAUCGUCUUCAGUGCAGUUUCGGAUUUCGACCGAUCAACGUGUCCAAAACAAAUUUUUGUCUUUUUCUACUUCUUUCAGAGGGGGGAAAAGAAAUAGGACAUUUUAAGACAAAAAUUUAAUACAAUUUUAAGAAUUAAAAAAAAAAAAAUUUAAAAUAGUAUUGGCAACAUUCCAACAAUUCUUCUGAGCGGCGCCAUUUUUCAGCUGCUAUCGAUUCCAGUGUGGUGUUUUCCUUCUUCCUUCCUUCUUCCUUCUUCUUUCCUUUUUCCUAUUUCUCUCGUCUAUCCACUUCAAUCGUCACUUCCAAUUCACACGAAACAAAGUACGUCUUCAGUGCGACACACAUUUUUCUACUUGGCCAAUUCGUCGAAACCAGAACAACAUUCUACUCAAUUACGUUUUGCUAAAGGACGUGUUACUUAAUUAAACUGCCACACAUCUCUUUUCUCCCGAAAAAUUCAGCGCCUAAUUGUCUGAAAUUCUACUGAUUCCACGUGAAAAGAAGUUGGAAGCACCAUGGCGGCUUUUGUGGCUAAACAAAUGCUUGGAAGCAAAAUGAACGCUGUCAAAGGUCUGGGAGGAAAUGAUAGCGAAGAUGGUGACACCAAAGACAAAGACGAUGAGGCCGAGCGUGAGCGUUUGGAGGCCAUCAAGGAGGCCGAAGAUCGCCGCAAGGAGAAACACCGCAAAAUGGAGGCCGAACGCGAAAACAUGAGACAGGACAUCCGCGACAAGUACAACAUCAAGAAAAAGGAAGAAGCUCCUGAAGCCGAGACUCAAAAGGAACCUGACAAUCCUUUGAUGCGGAAGAAAAAAACGCCCGAAGAGUUGGCCAAAGAAGCCGAAGAAGCCGACCAGGACGAAUUGACAAAACUGAAAAACACCCUGGAGACUCAGGUGAACGAGUGGAAGUCGCAGAUCGAGAGCAAGUGUAUCGUUCAAUAGAUGUCACUUUGCCCACGUACUAAACAAACUGAAACCUGUGCCGACCCGAGGGAAACCCUAAACAGCAGCAAGUUCCACAUGUCAUUAUUUAAAAAGAGAAAGAAAAAAAAAAUUGAAUGAACUUUCAAAAUUACAGCGUGACGGCAAACAUCAGCGGAAUAAUUAAAAGACGUGUUAUAUAAAUUGAAUUGAAAAUAUCCAUCGAAGACUUACACACACACAUACAGACCUCUGUAAACCAAGCCCCUCACCCCGUUUUUGUUAGAUUGUUAUCUUCUCGAAAUGUUUUCUUUUUCUUUUUCUUCGUGCUGUAUAGUUCAUUAGUGUAGAGGGAAAAUUUGGGGGGAUGGGGUGGGUUGGGGUGGGGGGUGUAUUCCUCCAGUGAAGCAACGAUGCGUUAAACUAUGCAAAAACCAGAGAGACGGGCAAACAAACCAAAAAGAAAAGAAAAACACAAUUUUUUUUUUCAAUUUUAUGUCACAUAAAUCUAAAACAACUGGGAAAAUGGAUGAAACAACAACAGUAUCAUUUAUUUUAUAUUUUUGUUGUAUCGUUACGUGUCUUAUUCCUUGUUUAUAAUUUGUCAGGUGUGUUUAAAUAACGUUCCAAUAAAAGUACGUUCAUUCCGCUCCCUGAAUGCGUAUGUAGUCCGUAAGGGCUAUGUAUCAAUUCCGGUCUUCUUUAAACAAACAAGAAAAUAGAUAUUUGAUAUAACGGUUAA